AGUCCUUCACUCAUGAGCAUUAGGUCUGGGCAGAGCUCAUGCGUAUCCAGUGAGACCCUCUUACUCCCUGGACAGGGAAUCUAAAAACUGAGCAGAGGUGAGGGAAUCGUGUCCUAGGAAGUCCUCCUGAGUGACCACAAUGACGCGGAGGGACUGUACAACAGGAUCUCGCAUGAUUGCAGCAGCCGUGCCCCGCCGCGCGUCGACCCCCAGCGGAGCUGUCAUGUGGCAGGAGGCCCGCAAACAUGAGCGCAAGUUGCGCGGUAUGAUGGUGGACUACAAGCGCCGUGGGGAACGACGGCGGGAAUACUACGAGAAAAUUAAAAAGGACCCAGCUCAGUUCCUGCAGGUUCACGGCCGUGCCUAUAAAAUCCACCUUGAUCCGGCUGUGGCCUUGGCAGCUGAGAGUCCAGCCAACAUGAUGCCUUGGCAGGGGGACACCAACAAUAUGAUUGACAGGUUUGAUGUGAGGGCGCACUUGGACUAUAUUCCCACUUAUACACCUACUCUGAUGAGCACCACGACUUCAGAGCAGGAGAGUGAGGAGAGGAAGUGUAAUUAUGAACGUUACCGAGGCCUGGUGCAGAACGACUUCGCUAGCAUCUCUGAGGAGCAGUGUUUGUAUCAGAUAUAUGUGGACGAGCUAUAUGGCGGCCUGCAGAAACCAAAUGAGGAUGAGAAGAAAAAGCUUGCUGAAAAGAAGGCUCAGAUCGGCUACACGUACGAGGACAGUACAGUCACAGAAACUGAUGCACGGCCAGAUAAAGGGGAUGAGGACAACUCGGAGAACAGCGAGUCUGAGGAGGAUGAAGUAAUUCCUGACAUUGAUGUUGAGGUGGACGUGGACGAACUGAACCCAGAGCAGGUGAUGGAGCUGAACAAGAUGGCUACUCCUUAUGGCAUGGCGGAAGGAGACUUUGUCUGGAUGUUGAGAAAGGACAAGGAGGAAGUGGAGGCUAUAAAGCAUGCCAAAGCGCUGGAGGCCGAGAAGGCUAUGUAUUCGGGCCGGCGCUCUCGCAGACAGAGGCGAGAGUUCAGAGAAAAGUAUAUGAAAGGCAGACAGAUCAGCCCUCCCAGUUAUGCCAGACGAGAUAGCCCGACCUAUGACCCCUACAAGCGGCCCCAGUCUGAGUCGAGUUCAGAGUCACGCUCUCGCUCACGUUCCCCGGGCAACGAUAAGAUCACCUUCAUCACCAGCUUCGGGGGCAGCGACGACGAGGGCACUGCAGCUGCACAAGCCCCACCUACUGCCCAGUCCACCCAUGCUCCCUCCAACCCUGCAGGUCAUAGCAGGGGCUCCCGAAGGAGACGUUCCUCCUCCAGCCGCUCAUCAUCCUCCUCACGUUCUUCCUCCCGUCGCUCAUCUCGUUCUUCUUCACGGUCCCGGCGUGGUAGGCGUGCACGUGGAGGGCGUGAUAGAGAUGGACGCCGUUCCCGAUCCCGCUCACACUCCCGCCACCGCUCACACUCUCGGUCAUGGCAACGCGGAGGACGAGGAAGCAGCUCUAGGAGACGCUACGAGAGGACACGCUCUAGGUCCACAGACAGGGACAGAGAUAGAGGAAGGCACUACACAUCACGCAGAAGAACCAGGUCCCGGUCUCGCUCUCGCUCAGGUGACCGCGGUCGCCGUGGUGGCCGGAGUUCUGGGUACAGGAGAGGUGCCAGCAGCAGCCGAAGCCCAUCUCACUCACUUCCUGUCAGUCGUAGCCCUUCCCCUUCCUCUCGCUCUGCCCAGCCCGCCGCCACUGCUGUACCUGACAAACAGAGAAAGCCUGAAACUCCGGGUGGUAAAGAGACGGGAGCUGCCAAACCCAAGAUGACCCCCCAAGAGAAGCUGAAGCUGCGCAUGCAGAAGGCCCUCAACAAGCAAUCCAAGGCGGAUAAGAAGGCGGCACAGGUCAAAAUCCAGCAGCAGGAGCAUAAGCGGCAGGAACGAGAAGGAGUGCUGAGAGCUAUGGCACGCAAAAUUCGCAUGAAGGAGCGAGAGCGACGAGAGAAAGAGAGGGAUGAGUGGGAAAGGCAAUACGGCCGUCAGAGUCGCUCGCCCUCACCCAAUUCCAAAUACAGUCGGGAUUAUGGCUCAUACAGAAGGAGGUCCCGUUCCAGAUCACGGAGUCCAUACUAUCGGUACUGAACACAAACCCAUCACUGUGAGAGGACAGUGGAUUUAGGAAGAAGAGAACAGGCAGACUAUUUAAGGCACAUAUAUGGAAAGAAAACUGAAGGGUAGUUGGAAGUAAUCUGGUUCCUGACCUGCAACUUAUUUAAAGGUCAGACUAACCUGUGGUAUAAAUGAAUGUCUGAUUUCAACAGAAACACACUUUUCUUCCCUCAUCCUGUUAUGUAUCAGAGCAUACAGAGGUACAGAGAUACCUUAACUUUAUGAAUAUUCUCCUAAUGCAGGAAAAGUCAAUUAAUGAAUGUGAAUUGCUUUUGCAGAGAGGUUAGCCGUAUAUAGGACUAAUUCAGUCCAGUCUGUGUCCUCAUUUUGUACAUCUCUGACUGACUCUUACCAUCACUGAAAUGAGAAUUGUUUUAAAAAUGCAAAUGAAAGACCCAGACUCACCUUUGUAUAUAAUAUAUUCAUAUAAGAAUGUCUCUGAAAAUUCAUGAACACUUCCAAAUCUGUGAUGGGGAAAAUUUCACUCACACACUGUAAAUAUCAGUCUGCCAUCAGUGCUGUUUUAGCCAGAAUAGACUGCAAUAUGCUCAAAACUGAAAUGCUCAAAUAAAAUGCUUCCAAAGUAUGACAAA